AUGUCUUUGCUGCUCUCUUCUAAAGUCACCCUUUCCGCUGCUGCCCGUCUUGCAGCAUCAAAACCCAGUGUGAUCAAGACCGUCACGGUUGCCUCUUAUGCAACUGACGCUUCUGCUUCAAACAACACCUCCCAGCCUAGUAACAUCAGCAACUUCCUCGACCGUAUCAAGCGUGUUACUGAAAACCGCGCUGAAUCUGGUUUUAAACCAAACUCUGAAAUUCUUUCCAAAAUCUCUAUUAAGGGAAAGCCCAAUCAAGAGAAGAGCGACAAGAGACCUUUUAAGAGACAAGCUGGUGCCUCUGGAGACAGACCAAACUAUAGAAACAACAAUAACUACAAUAACAAUAACAACAGCAACAACAACAACAACAACAACAACAGUACUCAGUCAAAGCCUUUCAGAAACAACAAGUUUAACAGAUUCAACAAAGAUAAGGCACAGGCUAAGCCUCAACAAGAAAACUACUCUUUCAAGCCAUCGCAGCCUAGAAACUCAAAGUCUCAGGCCUUUAGAGGAAUUGACUCUGAGCACGUUGAUCUCCACGUUUCUUCUGAAGGUAAUACCCUUUUCAACAACAAGAAGUCUUUCAACUCUCAAAGAAAAAACAACGGUCCUCGUCAAAAUUAUCCCGUGCGCUUCGGUGGCCGUCCCCGUCAACCUGCAGGCUCUAAGGCUGGUCAAACCCCUAAGCGUCUUCCUCGCAAGGAUGCCACAGUUGGUUCCGGUAAACUUCUUAAACUUUCACCUGAAGAAGCUAUUAUCUCUGUUAAAAAGGAGAUUCGUGGCUCCCAGCUUGGUAGCACCAUUUCUGUUCCUGCAAUCACCUCUUCCACCCUUGCCCCUUAUCUCCCCACUGUCGGUGUUUCUCCCGAGUCCCGUGCUUGGCUUGCUAUCCACCGCGCUUUGACCGAUGCUGCCGACCAAGAGCAGGCUCUUAAGACAAUUGUCGAGUCCACCUUUAAGGGUUCCCUCGAGGGCUACCAAGUUAACGAAACUUCUUCCGAAGCUGCAUCUCCCAUUGUUCCCAUUUUGAAUGCAAACCCUACCUUUUCUCCUGAAGUUAAGAACCUUCUUUUGUCUCUGGCUUCCGGUGAAUCAACUCUUUCUUCUCUGAGAAAUUAA